AUGGCUGCUGCUCUCAUCAGGGAUCCGCAUCUACCUGCAGUGUCCUCGCCUCUCAACCCGGAAAGUUGUUAUCAGGUCGAUGUAGGCCCACGGGGAUUUCGAAGAUCAUCCAGGAGAACAUCACCGCCUGCCAGAGGCGGCCCUCUCAGCCCGACACAGCUCCUGCUGCGUCGAAAAGCGGCCAUCGCCUGGCGAGCACAGGUGAUGCAACACGAGGCAAAAUACACUGUAGAAGAGCGUAGCGCUGAAGAUUGUCGCCCUCCGGUAUAUUGCGAAACAUCAGGGACUUCCUCGAGCGACAAAGUCGACCAGCCCUCUGAAUCUGUGACAUCCUCCCAACCAUGCCCUUUCCGAGAGCGGAACGAAAAGGAGCCACUAAACGAGAUCACUGUCAUACAUAUCGACCUGUCCAGUUCCUCAAGGAAGCGUGGGGAUGUCUCUCCCGAAGCCGAUCUCACGGUCACUCCUCUCAAGAUCGCCCGGCGCAUGCUCCCCGCCAUCGCAGCGUGCUGUUUGCUCGGUUGUCUGCCUUAUCUAAGACGCACAGCGUUGUUAGAGCGAGUCACUGGCAUCAGCUGA